UCUUAAUCGUGCGUGUUAGAUAAACCAAUAUAAAAUAACCUCGUUUUCGAAUUCAGGCUAGGAAUACGGCGAAACAGAAAAUGGUACGCUACGAAAAGGACGCACAAUCAAUAGUGAUAUGAUAUAAAGAAUGAUAUUGCUAACAGUUAUAUAAUAGUAUAAACAGUGCAGUAUGUCUACCUACGAAGUUCCCAACGAAAAACUGACAUAUUGGCUAAAGUCACACUUUGCAUUAUAUAUUACAAGGGAAGCUUUAAAACCAUUUGUAAAUAUCGUUGUCGAACAAUUUCAAAAUAACACACUAGAUGAUAUCUACAAAACAAAAGGUAUACCUCAGGGGACUAAAUGUUACGCUUGCUGUAUUCAAAAUUUACUACAUUGUUCUACUAAAGGCAUUUGUACCUUUAAAAACAAUCAAUGUAAAUUCCAUGAUGAACCCACAAAGCAACACAGGCCUUGCCCGAAACGUAUUUGUGAUGAGCUAUGUAACCAGAUCAAAAGAAUUCACAGAUUUAUCCCAUCAUGGAAGAACACGGACUCGAGAAAGUGGAACGUGGAUCCAUUUGAAAUCUGCAAAUGUUACAUGUCAGCGGAAGGCUAUGAGCAUGUCACGUGUUUGGACAAAACCGAUUUUAACGGGAUAAUAAACGUUGUGAUAAAUCACAAAGGGUUUCAGGAAAAAAUGGAUGACGACUUGUCAAGUAAAGACAACAUUUGUUGUAAGGCAAGACAAGUAGGAAGGGACAUCAGACAUUCAAAUCUUAGUGUUGAGGCAGCUGAUUUCAGUUCGCAUAUAGAUAUUUUGGUUGAGCUUUUGUCGGAUAAGGGGUACUUACUAAACAACAAGGACGCACAGGAGGCAUGUCGCAAGUUGAAACAACUCAAAACGAGUGGAUUGGUAAUAAUAGAAGAUAGCGAGAAUUUUGAAAGGAUGAUGACAGAAUUACUUACUGGCUUGGACCUUAAUACAAAACACAAAGUCAGAGAAAUGGAAGCUAGUUUGAAGGAUAACUUAGAAAAAAAUCAGAAUUUAGAGCUGAUCUCAUAAAGUAUUACCGCAAUCGACAUAGCACAUUUCCAAUUUCACCACUCCAAGAAAACACAGAUGAAAACUUAGUUGAGCUGUAUGUUCAGCCAGAAAUGUAUGUAGCAACUCCAUACGGAAGGGUACAUAUUGGCAAUUAUCAAGAACUCUUUCAUGAAAAACUAGGAAGCAAACAAAAAACCAGGGAACUGAAUGAGAUAUAUAUCACCUCUGCAUCUGGAAUUGGUAAAACGUCCUACGGAAAAAGAAUGGCUAUGGCAUGGUGUCAAGCUCAUGACCCAUUAGAUGAAGAUCAGGAAUGGUUUGAUGAGUUAGAUUUGGAAGAAAUGAAACGCUUUGAAUUCUUUUUCUUUAUUCCACUGCGUGAUAUCAAACGUCUUAACAGUUAUAUUGACGACAUGAUUUCACAAGAAAUUAUUUCCGAUCUGGCAGGAGGGCACAAUUAUGAGGUUUCAAAUUUUCUUCAGGAAAUCUUAAGACAACAUCGUUGUCUUAUCUUCCUUGACGGACUAGACGAAUAUACAAGUCAAGCAGAAAGUCCAUUGAAUCAAGCUUCAAAAAUACCAAAACGAAAAGUGCGAAAUAACUGCACUUAUAUUACUACGACUAGACCAUGGAAACUAGAAAAUGUGAGAUUAACAAAGAAACAGAUCGAAAGAAAAGUAGAAAUGUGUGGUUUGAACACGGAAUCUGCGGAUAGGCUUAUCGAAUUAGUCAUUGCAAAGUUGAAAGACGCCUAUGGGCUCGAAAAGGACCCAGAAGAUUGCAAAACGGAACUAAAACUAAGAAAACUUGAAGGAUUUAAAUCUAUUCCAAUAGUUCUUCUACAACUGAUAUGUCUUUGGUACGCUGGUAAGCCUUUAGGAAGUUCACAAUGUGAAGUUUAUAGUAACAUGUUGGAGCUUCUCUUCAGCAGAGCCAACCAGAAAUAUCCUGGUACGGCGACUGAGGGUGAUGGAGAUCCAAUCAUGUUACCUGGCUGCUUUGAAAAACACAUCAACUGCAGGAAGAACCAAACACUUUUAAUAUCACUUGGGAAAUUAUCUUUCAAUGCCUUAUUUCGCGGAAGCCUCGAUUCACCAUACGUUAUAAAUAAAUCUUUUGUAGUACCUUGUAAUAUAUCUGAAGCUCAGUUACAAUAUUGCCAUCAGGUAGGCAUACUUACGCAAGUCAAAGUGGAAGACCAUAUUCUGGGCCAAGAACAGAGCUUCUCGUUUCUUCAUCAGACCUUUCAAGAGUUUCUUGCUGGACUUUAUAUUUCUACGACAAGUUUACAAGAAACUAGCAAAAUACUGUCAAAUACCUUUCGCUCGGUUGCAGACAUUGUAGAAAUGUCAACCAUCUUUACUGUCAUAAGUGGGUUGCGCCCAGCUAUUAUAUCCAAUUUGGUGUCAUCUCUUGGAUCCAUUCUAGUCGAGGAUCCAUGUAUAGGUGAAUACAUGGGAGGUAUUGAUCAUGGCGAUACGAACUUCAAUCUAAAGCGUUUACAAUCUGUAAUGUUGGACUGCUUAAAAGAAAGCCAAGAUAACGGACAUGGUAACUUGAAAUUAUAUCUUGUGUGCAUUUUUAUCAGAGGAGGGUGUCAACAACCACCACACCAUCUAACCAAUCUGAAACGUAUUCUAAUAGACAAUGCAUAUACUCUUAAAGCAAUAGAUAUUGUUAAUAUUGAUGAGGAUACUGUAAACGAGCUUCAGUUAGUGCAAUCCAUUAAUACCAUUGAAAAGAUCAGUAUUCAUGAUUGUAAACUAGCAGAACUUGUUCAAGGACUUAUAUGCAAAUCUGCUAACAACCUGUCGUGUUUGCAGAUUAGGACUGUUUCACCAGGUACAAACUUUCUGUCAGCCUUAGAGAAUUGCCAUAAUUUGAGAAGUUUGUCUGUUUGGGAUGUCCUGCUAGAGCACGAAUCAUUUGAAAGUCUUGCAACCUUUUUGUCCGCAAGCAAACAAAUGAAGCAAAUUGAAUUAAGAAGCAUAGAGUGUGCAACAGAAAAUGGGCAGGCGAUACAAUGUGAAGGGCAUCAUAUCGACCUUUCAUCACAUACAGAAUUAGAGACAUUUGACACAUUCGAUACAAAAAUUUUUGUGAAUGGUUUGAAUACCCAAAACCUGACAUACUGUGCUCUACGCUCGUUCCCAAGUACAGAAGAUAUUGCGGACGUGUUGUUACUGUUAAAGAAUUCCUCAAAAUUGAAACAUCUUAUAUGUACUAAUCUGGCUAAUAUAGAUAGGAUAAAUCAGAUUUUACCAACGCUGAUGGCUCUGAAGCACUUAGAGGUCCUUUUGUCUACAAAAGAAUUACCAACUGAUGUUGAGACAUCAGCAAGUUCGGUACAGAUAUCAAGGAACAUGACGUCACUUGAAACAGUGACACUCCAGCACUUUAGAAUGACGAAAGCAUCAUUCCAUCAAUUUGUCGAUGGUUUACUUGAUUUGGAACAAAAGGUCACUGUACACCUAGGAGAUAGAAGCUUUAUUUCAACGGAUGACUUUAAAGGUGCAAUAGAGAUUGUCGAGUCAAAUCCUGAAUGCAAAGUCAUAAAGACCGAGACAGAUGGAAAGAUUUUUGCUUUUAACACUACUGAGAGACGAUUUGCUGGACAUAACCAAACAAAAACCACAAACAAUGAAUCAAAAGAAAACGAUAAAUCAGUCGUGAUCAUAAACGGGAAGAAUUCAUAUAUCAAUAAUUUCCGAAAGGUGUUGAUAAUAAUUCUUGGAAUAAUAUUUGUGAUAACAAUAACAUUACUGGCGUUUUCCAGUUCAGACGUCAGAGGAAGAGAUCUUUAGGAGUGUUGUGUCCUAAGAUAAAAUGAGACAAGAAAAGAGACAAUCACAUUUCAAAUUAUAACUAUUCUUAAUUAGAAGCAUAUGAAAUUAAAGUUUUUCUUUAUUUUGUGAGAUUAUAAGACCAAAUCAUUAAGUCAUUAAUAGAACCAAUAAAAGAUUCUUUGAAUGAUUUCACCUCAGAAAAUACAAAUUUAAAUUUUAACAUAAUAGAAUCGGAAUGUAUGAUUAAUUCUGAGUUGUCUGUAGCAGGUCAUGUUCAGAUGUCUUCUGAAAUGAAACAUUUUUAUAAAUGAAGAGAUACGUGUAUUCAUUUUCGGUGUAUUGGUAAAGACAGCGGGAAAGUUUUUAUUGCCGCUACGCCCCGGGUUCGAUUCCCGACUUGGGCAUCUUUUUUCUUGAUUUGGCAUUUUAGAAACAAAAACUCAUAUUCAAUGUUCACAGUAUGACCAAACUUCAAGUUUAAAGAAAGAUCAUUUUUAGCCAAAAUCUGGAAGCCAGUGCCUUAAAAAAAUAUAUAAAUUCACAGCUUUAAAUAUACUGAGAAAGUAGGCUUCUUGCUGAAAAAUCCAGAAAUUGCAUUAUUAUGUAUUAAAAAUUCUUAUAGUAUUUUAAGUAGGAUAAAUCUUUUACAUUUUGUAUAUCAUUGAUUAUUUGUAAAUGUGUAAAUAUGUACGUAAGAAAUGCUUACUUGGUACUACAGUUUUAAUAAAAAAAUGAUAGACGGAAGUAAGUGUGUAAAUAAAAAUAAAUUCUAUAGACGUUUUCAGCUACUUGUAGACAGAUUAAAAUCUCAUAUUUUAUUUCUGACAAGAAAGUUUUUCAUUAUUUUAUAUUUGACGCAAUUUUACUUUGUAUUCAUAUGUUUGCAUAUCGUUCAAAGAGAGACACUUAUCUUAUAAUUUCCUUAUUGUUUUAUUGCUUGAUAAGCCAGUGGUGGCUAGUUUGUAAAAUAUAUGUCUUGAAAUUUUAUUAAUUUGAUUAAAGCCUGUGAGGCAAUACAGUA